AAUAAUCUGUGGUUUCGAUAUAUUCUGUGGCUAUUAUAACCUAUUUCUGAACAUGAACUUUAUUUUUUGUCGAAAUCAUGUUGCGUUUUUUAUUCAAAACAUUAAAAUUUCAAAAUUUUAAAAAUAAUAUAGACCCGUUCCAGAAAUCUGCGUCUUUCAUAAUCAAUUUUCAGCAGCAAGAGUUUUAUUCAAACAAACCUAGCAGCAAUAUACUGUUGGAAAAAGAUCCAGAGACGGGCGAGGUUAAAAAGAGAAAAACCACUAUAAUACCAAAAAUAACGCUUUUACAUGGAGACGCAAUCGACGUGGUCACUUUGGAAGAAGCGCAAAAAAUUGCGAGGCGAAGAGACUUGAAACUUGUUAAAAUUUUAGAUGUGGAUACUAAGUCCAAUCGAACUGUAUAUAAACUAAUGUCCGGAACAGAGGUUUACGAAGAAGAACUUAAACAAAGGGAGAAAAAGAAGUCAAACAAGCAACAAGGCACUAAAGGUGAAAAACUUUUGAAUAUCAGUCAAAAUAUUUCCAAGCAUGAUCUAGAAGUUCACAUCACAAAAAUUGCCAAAUGGCUAGCUAAAAAAUAUGAAGUUAGACUUGUCAUUAAUGGAGAUGGAGGAAGUAUGAGAAAAGCUGAACAAGUAUGUUCAGAUAUUGAACACAGUCUAAAAUCUGUCAGUGACUUAAUACAAAAGAAGCAGUCUGGCUCCACUAUAAAAUUACAAGUAUUGCCAGCAAAAGAGGAGAUUGGGAAUGAGGAUACUGGUAAAAAAGAUGCUAAAUUGUGACUAUAC